AUGCAAACGAUGCGCUUCACAAUCGCACCGCCCGUGUCCCGCGCUGGUACGCGCGAGAAGCUAAAGUUGCCCAACGUGUACGGGUUCGCCGUCAGCGCCGCCCAGCCCUCGCCGUCGGGCGUAAGCUCGACACGGCCCGGCUCCACGAAGUCCUUGCCGGCCUUUCUGAAAACCGCGGCGAUGUCGGCGCGGCAGUCGGCGUCCUUAAUUAACAGCGUGCCGAUGAACUAA